AAUUGGACGGCCCUCCAAAAUCACUGAAAAAAUAUUAUGGUCUUCGUCUUCUCCUCCCACCCUCCGCAGGCGGCGAAGUAGAAGGCCCAAUAGAGAAGUCUGGAGCAGCCGUGGCGACGGCCACGGCCAGGCCACUUUGGGCGCAGGCAAGGGCAGUCGGGAGUCACCGCCGAUCGUUUCGUCGCGUGCCUGACCAGGCAGGCAGGGUGAAAAGGGUCGAAAAGUAGCGGGGAAUUUCUUCCAGCCGCAGCGCACGCAAAGAAUCCAGCCACCAAGGGAACGGAGCGAAUGGGAAGGAAGGGUUUGGAUUCUAGCUGAGCGGUGCGCGCACCCACGCACGCACACACGCGCAGGACGGAGAGCGGAGGCAGCCGGAGGCGGCGGUGCUGUGUUUGAUGAGGAAGUCUGGAACAAAAGAGGGUAUCGAGGGAUCUAUUGGAUUUAAGCAUGGGAUUGAUGUGAACCCAUCUUCUGUUUCUACUCAAACAGGAGGAACGCGAUCUGAUUUGAUGAUUCGAGUGUGCAGUUGUACUAGAAGGUCCUCGUCACUUCAUAAUCCUAAUACCAGAAAUAUUAUGAUGACCUGCAAAAGCUGUGGUGGCAAAUCAACAGUGGACAGAGGUGGGCCAUCGUGUAGCAGCAACCUUAACACCAGCGGCUUGGAGCUCCCCAGACCUAUAGAUCCUGAGGUGAGAUGGAAGACUGUAAACAGAAGGCAAAGAGCUGCAAGGAGAGCAAGGACCUUUUCUGGAGGAGACAGAUUGAAGGAUGAAAUUAGAUCUUUCUAUGCAUGUGGCAAUCCCAUGAGUCUAGAAGUGGCUCAAGAAGAGGAUUCAGCCUCUGAAUCUGAGAAGCUUGGGGUAUCUAUUCUUGGUCGGCGCUUUGGUGAUCCCAUGGAAAAUGUUCCAAUAAAAAAGAGAAGAGUUCAUAUGGAUUGUUCUCCAUCACCUCCAUCCACCCCACUGCUAGUGGAUCCUUAUGAAAAAAUACCGAGCAGAUCUGGUGGAGGCAUUUCAUCAUAUGGCGAGCAUCGCAAGGUUAAAACACUAGGAGGCAAGCACAUGGAAGAAAAGAGAGGACCUCUUGAAGCUGCUGAUUUUUCUGGUAUAUCAAUACUGGCUGCUGCUGCCUGUGAAAGUGAGAUGGAUGUUGCUAAGUUAAAUGGUGAAUGCUCGAAGUCAGCCUGCUCUCUUGAUGAAAGAAAGCCAGAAAUUAUCUCUGGCAGUUCACUGUUGGAUCCUCUACAUGAAAUUAAGGGGGAUAAGCUAAAUAUCCCAGACAGGGCCCUGAAAUUAUCUGAAACUGCUCCUGACAUGAGGCCUUUGUUUCCCACUACAUCAAAUAGCUCUGAGUCUGCUCCUGACAUGAAGCCCUUGUUCCCCACAACAUUAAAUGGUCCAGAGAAUCUUGUUGGAUUUGCAGCUGCUCUGGAGGGUAAUACUGCACUUUAUUCUUUGUUGAGCAAUGCAAACAAAACUGAUAUUUUUUCAUCUGUUUCUGAUGCUAAAUCUUCGGAUGUUACCAUGUUAACUAACUCAAGCAAUCCAGGCAAAUCAGUAGGCUGCUUUGGAGAUACAGUUGUGCACACCAAGCAUUCCAAUGCGGCUCAUGAUUCUAGACUGCACUGGGAUCUUAACAUUGCGAUGGAGGCGUGGGACACCCAUUGUGGUGAUGAUGAUAAUCAUGAUAUGGUUGGUCCUGAUCCUGUAGCUUCUGUAAGUGAUUGUAAUGAUGCUCAAAAGGAGAUGAACAAAUCACAGGUGUGUCGGGAUCUUUCUCAGUCAACAGUUGCUGAGGUCAUAGUUCGUCAUUCUGUUGAUAAAAUUCACGUGGCUGAUGCAGCAAAAGAUGGUAACACAAAGGGUGAAAGUGAUUUCUCAGGUGAUGGUUCAUUUCAUCCUUUGUGCAGUCGGUCUCCCCCGAAAGUUCAGCUAUUGGAAUCCGAAUGUUUAGAUGGAAAUGAUUCCUCUGCCGAAACAAACAAUUUGCUUGAUCUGCAGAAGAGUAGUUAUGUUUCUAAUGUGGCAUUGCAUAUCGGAUCUAAUCCAGACUUGAGUUCUCUGUCUCUUACUCAGGAACAUUUCGCAUUUGCUGCAAAUGUGGAGAAACUUGAUGUGUCACACAUUUCACCCCUUGAUUGUGAAGGUUUGUCUCACUUGACUUCUGAGGAUGCUCAUGCUGGAGGUAGUUCAAUUCAAACAAGUGUUCUGGGCUCCAGAGUGAAGCCUAUGACAAGCAGAUUAGUUUCUGAGGAAAGCACAAAUAUUGCAACAGUUUCCAGUAAAAGUUUUACUGACGCUGGGUGGAGCGAUGAUAAACUUGGGCAGGCUUCACUACAGAGCAUAUCUGAAUUUAAAAACCAUGAACUUUUGGAUGUUGAUUCAGGAACUAGUAAAAUUGAUCAGUCCGUCAAUGAGAAGGCUGAACAUGACACUGACGUAUUGUGCGUUGACAAGAAAGCUGGAGAUGCAGACAAUGAUUCCGACCUCCCUGAUUCUCAUCCAGAGGAUAACCUACGCACUUCUGAUUGCGUCAUGUCCUAUGCACAUAUAGAGGGUGGUGUGGAUGCAACAAUCGAUUACAGAAAUCGUUUACUUGCUUGUGCCAACGCUACCAGUGCAGAAACAUGUUACAUCACCAGUGAUAUUCAUGCUCAUGGUCUCAAUUCAGAGUGCUCUAAACAAGCAGAUACUGACAUGGACAAUAUUGUGGAUUCAAAAUCUAGAGCACAAAGCCAACCAAGUGGUUACAAACAUGAUCUUCAGAAGGUCACAUCAAAUAAUUGCCUUGAACACUGCUAUCGGACAGACACGUCUCGUUUUAGCAAAGAUCUUUCUGUGACCGGAAAAGUUGACGUCGAGGAAGAUGAUUCUCAGUAUGAGGAUGGGGAGCUUAGGGAAUCUGGUGACCGUUAUUGGGCCGAUGACAUUUAUGAAGAAGUUAAAUGUGCUAAUUAUCAGGUAUCAGAUUACAAGGAUGAAAAAGCUGCCCCAGACAUUCAUCAUGUACCUGUUGGCUCUGUUUCAAACAAUAUGGUUAUGCCAGUUGCUAAUUACAAUGGAACAUUAUCCAGGAAGGAAGAUUGUGAUGUUUCUCCUGUCUCAUUGAAGCGCUCAUGGUCAAGUAACUGCUUGGAUGGUGGAUCUGGAAUGAUGUGUGCUGCAAGUGCUCGGAGCAUUCAUGUGAAUAUGAAAAAUGAGACUCGAAUGUAUGACAACCUAGACCUUACAAUAGCUCGAUCUGCUGGGACCGUUAGCCAGUCUGAAAGGGGUGGUGAUGGUUUAGGUGAGGAUCCAUUGAAUAUCAGAUCAAAGCCCGUGGGAUGGGAUAUGUUGCCUGAAGAUCAGAGGCUCUCUCGAGAAGAUUCAAGAGACAGAGUUGAUUCUUCUAACCUGUGUGUUUUAGGUACAUUAGAGGCAGCUGAAGCCUGUGAAUCAUUUCGACCAAUGGGAUUACCAAAUAGAGACGUGCAAUCACGACUUGAUCGGCUAAGAUCAUUUGACAGACCCCACAGAAAUGAGCACUGCAGAUCUGAUGAUGGCUAUGGUUCUGGCUCAAAAGCUGAAAGGUCUGUUGAUAGGCCACAUGGCAGGGGUGGAGCAUCUCGGCAUGUUCAAGCAAACAUCCGAGGGGAGCAGUGGGCUGAAAAUUCAAAUAGUUCUCGUUCUACCCAGCGAAGAUCACCUGAUUAUAAUAAUUAUGGCCCAGCUGGUCCAAGAAAUGCUGCUGAAGCUGCUGUUGCAAAGAUGGAGAGCAGUGGCUUUGUUGUUGCAGCUGAUGGCACUUUGGUAAGAGCUGUUGAUGCAGCAAAUACAAGUACCAUGUCUAGAAGGAUGAGAAACAAAAGUAGCUUCUAUCACCCUUUGUCUAGACGGUGUUCCCCAGUUGACAGAGAUGGAAGUGGUGGGUUGUCCAGAGAACCUGCACAUGCUAGGGAAGCACCUCCAGAACGAUGCUUUGGUGCUAGUGGCAACCGGUCUGGUCGAUAUGGUCCUCAGAUCGAUAAAGAUCAUGCCAUUGAUGAAAAUUUGAGUUCAGUUCAUAGCUCACUGUCUAAUAGACAACGGAGGUUCCCAGCGCAUAGAGCCUCACUCGACCUGUCACGUGCUCACAGCAGAUCUCCUUCAGGAUCUAGAUCUCGAUCACCACAUGCUUGGACAUCCAACGGAGGCUCAAGUAUACGGAGGCAUAGUAGAUCUCCUAAUUACAUGACUGAAGUUAGAAUUGGUAGAAUGACUUCACCUCAAAGACAACAUCGAUUCAAUGAUCGAGUUAUGCGUGGUAGUCCAUCAAUAAAUUCCACUUACUCUCAACAUGAUUCAACAUGGGUUGAAGGAAGGAGCUGCUCAACACUAGAUAUUUCUUAUCACAAGAAACGGUAUUCUCGGAGGAGCCCACCUCUGAGAAUCACCUCAAGAAAUGACAUGUUCGAUUUAAUGGAUUCCCAAGGACGGUCAAGAUCUCGAGAAUUCCACCGCCCACGUGACUUCAAAAGGGGAAAUAAGCAUGAUGGGAAUGGUGAUGAUAAAAGAUGUAAUGAUAGAUAUGGAACUGUCAAACCAUAUGAACAUAAUGGUGCUGUGAAGCAGUUCAGGAAUCAUGCUGGAGAUAAACUUCAUCCACACAUUUCUGCAUCCAGAUCACCUGAACCGCAAAGAGGAAGCCCUCGGCGAUUUUGACGAGGACUUUCAGAGGAAGCUGGUUGUGUAUUUGCCUCGUUUUGGAACUAAAGCAGAUAAGAAUCCUUGAGUUUUGAUUGAACUGGAAAGGACAGUACUGCAAAUCCAUGAUAUCAGUCAUUACUAUUUGCCAAAGGGACGUCUGUUCAAGCCACAUAAGAGCUGAAAUUAUGCACCUCACGGAGUGAAAUGCAGAUUAACUUCACAAUUUUCCAGUUUUCCCUUGUAAAUAUUUAUAUCAGUAGUAGGACCACAGUUUCAUGUUUCAGCCUUUUGGCAUUUUUUUGAUAUUUUUUUCUCACUUUGCAAUCUUAUUUAAUGGGCAUUUUCCCUGUAUGAGAUUCACUUAAACAGAUUCAAUCAUUUGAAGCAUCCUGCAUCCUGGCAUCA